CCCAAGUAACGUCUUCUCUCUCCCUUUUUUGGUCUUUCUUUUGGGUCCCUUGAUAUUUCGGUUUGUCGCUUCGGAGACGUUUAGGGUUUCCUGAUCAUCGCCUCCAUUGGGUGACAAGCAUUUUCAGACUUUCUGGACUACAAAGUUUCGUGGGUUUCCUUCCUCAUUUUUGGAGGAGCAAGAAAUUUUUUUGCUUGGCGUAGGUUCAUUCUUUUCUCCCAUGGAAAGCUUUGGUGGCUCUAGUUUUGAUGGUGUUGGAAGCACUGUAAAGAAGAAGAGGAGUAACACAUUCCGGCGUCCUCGGCCUGAUUCACAACCUUUUCUAGAUACUCAUGAUCAUUCACUAUUGUCAUCUACACCACCCUCAGACAAUGUUAGCAAAGUUUCCAGUGAUGAGAACACUGGUUAUGAUGAAUGUUCUCGGAAGAAAGAAUUCAAUCUAAACCAGUGUACACGGAUGCCAUCUAGUAGUAGAGCUGAUGAUGAAACGGCCCGUAAAAAGAUUAGGAAGGAUGAAAGAACAUUUGGAAAAUAUGAUAGAGUUUAUGGCAAUGGCAGUUCAAAAGGUAGUAAUGAUAAUGGGCGAAGUGGGUUAGAUUCCAAACGGUGCAGUGAAGGUGUCCUUGCUCCUGCUAAUUGGAAAAGCACAAACAAGGUGAAGGAAAGCUCUGAACUGCAGUCAAGAAAGACAUAUAGUCAUAUUGGCAGUGGAAAGAGUGGGGAGAGUCAUAAUUCAGGGGGAGUAGGUUCAGAUGGAAUAGGAAAUGAAAGCAAGCUUAAAAAGGUAAAACUCAAGGUAGGUGGAGUUACACGUACAAUUCAUGCAAAAUCAACAUCAGAUGUUGCCUUUGGUGGUGUGUCUUCUUCUAUUAAGUCUUCUCGUUCUUCAGACGCCCCUCGGCCAAGGCAAAAGCUGAUUCUUCCGGACAAUUCCGACGAUGAUAACUCCCCUCCUCCGGAGAAGGCAAGCGGAUUGCAAGGAGUCUCAUGGACAAAUUUCUCCAGAGAUGGUUUUAGUCUUGGGAAAAGGGAGGAUUCUUCCAAAGGCAAAAUGUAUGAAAACUCUGGGAAGCAAACAGGCAAAUCUGAGCCAGUUCGUAAGAGCAAGAGGGUUCCCAAGAGGCGUGUUUUGGAUGAUGCAUUUGACGGUAGUGAUGAUGAGGAGAUCCACUACCUUGAGCGACUCAAAACUUCCAAGUCUGCCCCAGGUUAUGGUGCUGAAUAUGAAGAUGAUGAUGAUGAAGGAAGCAAGAAGCAGAGAAGAAUUUUGAAGGUUUCAAAGAGUAGGAUUGUUGACGGUGAAUAUGAUGAGGAUAUGGAAGAAUAUGGCUCAUCAAGGUCAGGAAAAGAUGGUAAGAAAAAAUCAAGAUCGAAUAGGAUGUCUGAGGAUACAGAUUAUUUUGAAGAAGACGAACCAGCGUCAGAUGGUGAGCCUGAAGCUAAGCGGAAGAAGCCGAGGAAAGAAUCUGUCGAUACGUUGAUGGAAAGCAAGAAGGAAAUUUCUCUAACAACACGUCAACGGGCCCUCCAGUCUGGAACAGAUGUUUCUUCCGGGACUGGAGCAAGUCUGAUCGAGUUUCCAAAUGGGCUCCCUCCUGCCCCACCAAGAAAGCAAAAGGACAAGCUCUCUGAAGUGGAGCAGCAACUGAAGAAAGCUGAGGCUGCUCAAAGACGUAGAAUGCAAGUAGAAAAGGCUGCUAGAGAAUCGGAGGCUGAGGCAAUCAGGAAGAUUCUAGGCCAGGAUUCCAAUAGGAAGAAGCGGGAGGACAAGAAUAAGCGGCGGCGGGAUGAAUUGGCACAGGAGAAGGCUGCCAACGCAAUGACGUCAAACACUGUCAAAUGGGUCAUAGGCCCUACUGGGACAAUAGUUACAUUCCCUAAAGAUGUAGGACUACCAAGCAUAUUUGACACCAAGCCAAGCAGUUACCCCCCUCCGCGUGAGAAGUGUGCUGGGCCGUCAUGUAGUAACACUUACAAGUAUCGGGAUUCCAAGUCAAAUCUUCCACUUUGCAGUCUCCAUUGCUACAAGGCCAUACAUGAAAACAUGCAGCCUGUAGCUAGUUGUUGAUGUGCCCAACAAUCUUGCCAUUACCCACCUGUGAAGUGUUGGUGGUAUCUCCUGCACAUUGUUGUUUCUAUGUUCUGUAACUAUAUUACUAGAGUAGUUGCAAUGUUAUUUGAUGUCAAUGCUGAGAUUCAUUUGCUAUAAUAUAUAGCAGAAUAUAUCCGUAUAUAAAAUUCAUCUCUUCACUAA